AUGGAUACCAAUCCAAAGCAACCACUUAUUUCUCCUGUGAAGGAUGAAGACACUGAAGAACAAUAUUCAAUUCAAAGAUCCAUUUCAUCAUUCACCGCGGACGAAAAUGACAUUCCUCCUAUCACCGGCGUUAAAGUCUUCUUUGAACAGUUUUGGAUUGAGUCCAAGAAACUCUGGUACCUUGCUGCUCCAGCCAUUUUCACUACCCUUUGCCAAUACUCCCUCGGCGCCAUUACGCAAACUUUAGCUGGCCAUAUCGGCACACUUGAGCUUGCUGCCGUCUCUAUCGAAAACUCUGUCAUUGCGGGUUUUUCUUUAGGAGUCAUGUUGGGAAUGGGAAGUGCACUGGAAACACUAUGUGGACAAGCAUUCGGGGCUGGACAAAUAGACAUGCUUGGAGUUUACAUGCAAAGAUCAUGGAUUAUCCUCUCCGCAACUGCUUUUUUACUAAUGUUCUUCUACAUUUUCGCCACCCCACUUCUCUUGUUGAUCGGCCAGAAGCCGGAUAUUGCACAGGCUGCCGGACAAAUGGCAAUUUGGAUGAUCCCUCAACUCUAUGCAUAUGCACUGAAUUUUCCAACAGCCAAAUUCUUGCAAUCACAGAGCAAAAUGAUGGCCAUGGCGUGGAUUUCCGCCAUAAUGUUGGUUCUGCAUACACUGUUCAGCUGGUUGUUGAUGCUCAAGUUGAGGUGGGGCUUGGUGGGGGCGGCGGUGGUGCUGAACACAUCGUGGUGGCUGAUAGUGUUGGCGCAGCUGGUUUAUAUAUUCAUGGGGAGCUGUGGCAGAGCUUGGUCUGGAUUUUCAUUAAAGGCUUUUCAAAAUUUAUGGAGUUUUGUUAGGUUAUCCCUUGAAUCAGCAGUUAUGAUAUGCUUAGAAGCCUGGUAUUUCAUGUCUUUAGUUCUGUUUGCCGGAUAUUUGAAGAAUGCAGAAGUUUCUGUCGAUGCUUUAUCAGUAUGCACGAACAUAGUGGGAUGGACAUCCAUGGCAGCUUUUGGAUUCAAUGCAGCAGUAAGUGUAAGAGUGUCAAAUGAACUAGGGGCUGCUCAUCCAAGAACGGCCAAAUUUUCAGUGGUGGCAGUUGUUGCUUCUUCCUUCGCAAUUGGCCUCAUCAUCGCCAUCUUUCUCCUCAUCUUUAGGAAACAAUAUCCUUCCUUAUUUGCAGAUAGUGCCGCAGUCAAAAAUCUAGUGUAUGAGCUCACACCAUUGCUGGCAUUUUGCAUUGUUGUCAAUGCUAUUCAACCCGCUCUAUCAGGAGUGGCCAUUGGAGCUGGAUGGCAAGCUUUAGUUGCUUAUGUGAAUAUUGCAUGCUAUUACAUAUUUGGCCUUCCUUUGGGGCUCGUAUUAGGGUAUAAAGUCAAUUGGGGUGUUCAAGGCAUCUGGUCUGGAAUGACAAUGGGAACAAUACUGCAAACUCUUGUUCUCUUUUAUCUCGUUUACAGAACUAACUGGAAUAAAGAGGCUUCUGUUGCAACACAAAGGAUCAAAAAAUGGGGAGGGGAAGAUGAUAAAGAAAAUGAUGUAGAGCAAUGA